AUGGCAAGGCUUGGUGCUAGCGGGAAGCAUGCUCAAAAUGCAGAGCGAGAUCUUCAGACAGCUAUACGCAUGUAUGGGCGCUCCCUGGGCUGCAGCAUCGACAAGUGCAAAGUAAGGACAGUAAGGAUGUGGGAUCCUCGGGACAAUGCCAUCAUAUCUGUGGAACUAGAAGUUCUGUUUCCGGAUACGAUUGCCAGGGCGAUCUGGCAGUACAGCCCCGAUGUAUUCGAGAAUAUUUUUUUGGGGCCUGCAGGUCCCGAAGGUGCAAAGCUGUUCUGGGACAAUGCGAAGCGCAACUGCCCAUGGUAUCCUCCCCACAUCCAACAGUCUGAGCACGCUGGCCUUAUGCCACUUUCUCUUUAUGGAGAUGAUGUGCAGGCUUACAGGAAUUCGGACCCUGGGGCAAUCAGUGCUAUCGGCUGGUGCAGUGAUUUUGGACGUGGCCACGAAGCCUUUCUUCAUUAUAUGCUGUGCACGGUUUUUUCGGAAUAUUGUGCAUGUGAACACACCUACGAAGAUUUGAUGGAGGCCCUGCUACCACGCUUCCAUGAUAUGUGCGAUGCAGACCCAAAGAAAAACCCUUGGUGUUCCCGUGGUCUCCGUUUUGUCUUCACUGGCGUGCAAGGUGAUUUGAAAUGGCUGCUGAGUCGUUACGGCCUACACAACUACGCAAAGAAUGGGUGCUGCAGUCUUUGCAAUGCAGUGAAGAAUGAUCCCGACCCUUGCAAAACCAUUGCAUGCUUCACCGCAGCAAACCAGUUUGUUCAUGUGAGUCAUGAGAACUUCUGCGCGGAAAGGGCGCUCCAUGAGUGGCCUGCACCUAUGAUUUAUGGCGUGCGCUUAGAGCGCUUCCUUCAUGAUGUGGCACAUUCACAACUCCUUGGGACAGGGAAGACCCUGAAUGGGUCGGCCCUCAUCUUUCUGUGUGAAUCGGGUGAGUUCAGCCCGAAUGGCACUUUCCCGCCUCGUGGCUUCUACAACGACAAUCUGAAUGCAGCGCUUCGAGUUGCUUAUGUGGAGUUCAAGGCGUGGGUGAAAAGAUCUGGGCUCAGGGUGAACCAACCUCGCUUUACUUAUUCACGCUUGAACAGAAAGAAUCGUGCCAGCCAUCCUUGUUUGGCGUCGAAGGCUGUAUCAGGGAAAGUAAUUUCGUUUUGGCUUGCAAGCCGAUGUGUCGAACGAUCCGAACGGGCUGGUGCAUCGGACGUCGAGAAGCUUGUGGCUCUGUGCACGCACGCAUAUGCUUCGAUGUUGAAGAAGAUGGAUGAGGCGCCCCUGGUCAUGACGCAAGAACAAGCUGAUGAUUUGUACAAUGUCGGCAUUCGCCACCUUCAAACAUAUGCCCGGGGCCUUGCCCUGGAAGGGUCUUGGAUUGCAGGGGCCUUCAGGGGCCUUGGGGGGUCCUUCGGGAAAUUGAUGCCGGACGAAUUCCGUGCUGAAUUCGGGGAGGCCUCUCUCUGGAGGAAGCAGGUAAAUGACGCGGCCGACCACCUCUGCCGCGAUCGCGCGCGUCUGUGCCCGCGCCCUGGGGGUCGCAGACAUCACCACCGACUGUUUCGGGAUGCUGCGGCAGCACACGUGACCGAGGACGAAUUCCGUGCUGUCUUCGGGGAGGCCUCUCUCUGGAGGAAGCAGGUAAAUGACGCGGCCGACCACCUCUGCGGGAAAGCGGCGGCCCGGGCCACGGCCCAAGCGGGACGGUGGUGCCCGGACGAGAUCGAUGACCUCGUUCGCGAGGUGUGGCGCACGAGCCUGCGGCCACCGAGUCACGGCCCCCUCACCGUCGGCACAGGCCGGCAGCAGACGGAGGGGCACAGGGAGACCCCGAUUCCAGCGGAGCUGGAAGUGCACAGGCUCGAAGCUCGAAACUGGGACACACCCAAAGCACGUAGUGGUAGUGUAGCUGCCGCAGCUGGUCCUGAGACCAGCGGCAAGGGCCACGGAUGGCCCGAGGAGGAGGCCGAGGAAAAGGGAAAGGAGGAGCAGGGCUCCCUGAGGAGCCGAGGCCACAAGACCCACUUUCAAGAAGUGCCCGGCAAGGGCAAUGCAAUGGAGGAGGACGAGACACUCUCCUCGAAGAGCUCCGACGGCACGGAGUCGGAGGCAGAAGUGCCAGCGGUCGCCAUGGAGGCAGGGCUCUUGGAUGGGGAUGGGCAGGGCACAUCACCACGAGGGCAUCCAGCUGAGCGGCCAUCCGAGGGCCCAGCUCAGGAUGCCACAGACUCAGCCGCUGCAGCCAACACCGCAGCCGGCCCACCCAAUCCGUUCCCUCCAACGGAAUGGAUCUACCGGAUCGACACGGAAUGCCGCUCCGGCAGCAACCUGCAGGUCAUCCGCCUUCCGGUGCCAGGACAUUCGACAGCAGCGGAUGUCUUGGAAAGGGUGCCGGCCGGUACAGCCAAGUUGUACGCCAACACGGCCGAAGGGGUCACACUGAGGCAGGACAGCGCGCCUCCCGUGGUGACCACGGACAUGCUCUGGUGUAUAGCAUGCCGAGUCCGGGUGCCCACCCCGGAACACAUGCAGGGGCACCUCAUGACUGCAUCCCAUGUGAUUGCAGUCUCGGAAUACCUCGAAUCUUUCAAGAAGGAGGGCUGA